AGAGCUAGUGCCGUUUCCGCGCAUCUCACGAGGACGAUACGGUCUCUCGAAGCCCUUCAGCUAGCCCAGCUAGCGUCGGUGGGUGACGAGGGAUCGCGUCAUCUCGUAGCGGAUUAUCAAACGAAUCCACCUGGAGAAUUUUCGGAACAAAGCGUUGCGACAUAUCUCCAGUGGUGGAGGGAGCACUAUACUGAGCAGUUUCAUAGUCAGUCUAACGCCCUAUUUCGUCAAAGAGUGCUUGCAGAGACUCGACGUAUACUGGACGGUCCAGGUCCGUCAGCAUCUACGUCUCGAGCCCCUGCACCUACUACGUCAGCUGGUCAACCCCCCGAGAAACCAAAAUUCAAAUCGGGAUGGGUUGCGCCAAAAGAGUCACCAGUACUUCGUCAGGACCAGCGUCCACGGACGCCGCUCCCACCCGUUCCACGUGAACCUUCGGCUGCGCCGCCACCUCGCCCUGGGCCGAGUUUUCGCCAAAGUGGGGAGGCUGGACCCCCAGGGUCCAGAUCCAGGUCCCGCCGCGGACGUCGCGGCAGGAAGAGGAAGCGAGCGGUAAGCCAAGACUCGCGUGAAGAAGUCGAUGUGAGAGCCCGACGCGAGUAUUCCUCGCAGUCGAGCUCCAGUAUUACGUACGAGGAGCCACCUGCACAGGAGAACAGAAGGCGAGGACUGCCACCACUGCCAAGGCAAACAAUUCCACCACCAGGGCAGCCACCCUGUGUCUUCUGUUCAUCCACGGAUCACUUUUCGGCCGAAUGUGACAGGUUCGAGUCGAUCCAUCCAGCGAGCGAAAGUGCAAAAGCCGGACGAGAUCGAGUUGGUUAUGGGCAAGCGAGAUGGUUGGUUCGAGGAUGUCAGUCAAGGGCGGUCGAGAUGCGAGUGGUUCGAGGAUCGAAUCCGGCGAUGAAACGAGUUCGAUGA